CGGACUAAUCUUUAGACAAAGAGAAUUCAGAAUAUAAUGAGAUUGAAAAUAAAGUUUCUGCUUCUGCUUCUACUUGUCUUCUGUCAUCAUGUUGAUUGUGCCUCUAUUGUCAAGUUUCUUCCUGGUUUUGAAGGCCCUCUUCCUUUCGAACUUGAAACCGGGUACAUUGGUAUUGGUGAGGACGAGAAUGUGCAAUUUUUCUACUAUUUCAUCAAAUCUGAGAACAAUCCAAAGGAAGAUCCUCUUCUCAUAUGGUUAAAUGGAGGACCUGGAUGUUCUUGUCUCGGUGGUAUUCUUUUUGAGAACGGACCGGUGGGUUUGAAGUUCGAGGUGUACAAUGGAAGUGCUCCUUCUUUGUUCUCUACUACAUAUUCAUGGACAAAGAUGGCAAACAUAAUAUUCUUGGAUCAGCCAGUAGGAUCUGGCUUCUCCUACUCAAAAACUCCAAUUGAUAAAACUGGUGAUAUAAGUGAAGUAAAGAGGACCCAUGAGUUUCUUCAAAAGUGGCUAAGAAGGCAUCCACAAUACUUCUCCAACCCUUUUUAUGUUGUCGGAGAUUCUUAUUCCGGUAUGAUUGUCCCGGCCCUCGUUCAAGAAAUCUCACAAGGAAACUAUAUAUGUUGCGAACCUCCUAUAAAUCUACAGGGUUAUAUGCUUGGAAACCCUGUAACAUAUAUGGACUUUGAACAAAACUUCCGCAUUCCAUAUGCUUAUGGCAUGGGUUUAAUCUCUGAUGAGAUCUAUGAGCCAAUGAAGAGAAGCUGCAACGGAAAUUAUUACAAUGUGGAUCCAUCUAACACAAAAUGUUUGAAAUUUACUGAAGAAUACCAUAAGUGCACUGACAAAAUAAAUAUCCAUCAUAUAUUAACACCAGAUUGCGAUGUAACCAAUGUAACAUCUCCUGAUUGUUAUUAUUAUCCGUAUCAUCUCAUUGAAUGUUGGGCCAACGAUGAGAGUGUUCGUGAAGCUCUUCAUAUUAAAAAGGGGAGUAAAGGAAAAUGGGCGCGAUGUAAUCGGACUAUUCCAUACAAUCACGACAUCGAAAGCAGCAUACCAUAUCACAUGAAUAACAGCAUCAGUGGAUACCGAUCUCUUAUUUAUAGUGGUGAUCAUGACAUUGCGGUCCCUUUUCUUGCAACUCAAGCCUGGAUAAGAUCUCUCAAUUACUCCCCCAUUCAUAACUGGAGGCCUUGGAUGAUAAAUAAUCAAAUUGCUGGAUACACGAGAGCUUAUUCCAAUAAGAUGACAUUUGCUACUAUCAAAGGAGGUGGACACACGGCAGAGUAUAGACCAAACGAGACCUUUAUCAUGUUCCAAAGGUGGAUUAGUGGCCAACCUCUGUAAUAAUGGCUCAUGAUCUUCACUUUAUAAAUUAUCUACCAAGUAAUAUAUCCACGUUAACCGCAGUUGUUUGUUGUGAAAUGUUUUUGUUGUUUGAUUUGUUGCAUUUUUUGCGGGCAAUGUUGCAUUAUGUGUUUUUGUGUACUCCAGAUUAUUAUUGAGCGUUGUGAAAAUUCCUUUUACAUUUAAUUUGGCUAUUUAAUAAAACAUUUUGGUCACA